ACAGCGAUACUGGUUGUGUUCCUCUUCACGGCUGGGUUGUACAAAUUUCCUCCACUCCGAACCCCUGAAGUAUUUGUGCUAUACAUAUGCUUGUCUGGAGCUGUUGGAGUGUUGGUAACAUCAUUGAUUAUGGGGCAGUGGUCACCUCUUUGGCUGUUUGAAAUCAUAUCUACAAAACCUCGCAGACAGAUUUUGAUGGCUUGGUGGUCACUACUCAGUGUUUUAUCUGUGGUCAUCACUUCAAUAGCUAAAAGGACAAACAAGCUACCAACAACUAUUCUUCGGAAGGUGUAUCAUUUGAU